AUGGUGAGAGCGAAGCAACAGCAGACACGAUCCCUGGGCCGCAAGCCGAAAAAUCUGAAAGCCUCAUCUUCCCCCAUAACCACCGCUUUCACCUACAAGAGUAUGUGCACCAAAAGGCCCAAGGAUGACCACGUAUGGCAGACCAGGGUCCCAGAAAUGUCCCUGCAAUAUGACUUCCUGUUAAACGGGAUCUUCGCACUGUCGGCAUUCGAGGCUGCCAGCGUAUCAGAACGUGACCGUGCUCGGUAUGCCAGCGCCGCGACCGGGUAUCAGACGAUGGCUCUGAGCAGCCUUCGGCCUCUGCUCGACGACAUCACUCCUCAGAGUUUCGAAGCCAUGCUUUGUUUCUCCCUCAUCCUCAUGGCCCUGACACUAGCGUCGCCGCAAUUUAUGUCGGAAUCAGCACAUGGUGACGGUGAAAAUAUGAUCCAACACACUCUGACUCAUUUCGAGCUCCUCCGUGGAUGCGAAGUCGUUCUGGGUUGUCUGGAGAAUCAUAUCACCGAAUCUCCCUAUACCCGUAGGAACGAGCAUUGGGAAGAUUUGCCUCGAGUGUCGCUCGACUCACGCACAAAGGCCGCCAUCGAUCAGUUAAGCGCGGCCAACGAAAGAAGAACGCGGAAUGAUCCCUACGGGGAAGCAUGUAAGAAGGCGAUAUCAUUGCUCCAAGAAUGCUUCGAGAAAUGUGUCAACGACGACUAUCAAAGCUACGCUCCGGGAUGGCUGAACAUAGCAGGAAAGACUACGUUCAAGCCAUCAAAGUGGAGGACAAUGUGGCGCUCUUAA